CAACAGCAGCAGCAGCAGCAGCAGUCCCGAGCAUCGCAGGUGAGAGGGAGGGGGAAAGAGCUGGAGGAGGAGGAGUGAGAGAAUGCGGGACUCUUAGAAAGCCGCAUCUCCUCUCGGUCCACCGCCGCUGCAAGCUUGCAUCCAUCAACCCUUCCAUCCAGAGGACGGAUUAUUCCCAAACUGAUAUAUAUUGGGGGAGGCUGUCAACUCCAAAAAAAAGGGGGAGACACAAGUUGUUUUUUUUCCUUUUAUUUCUGCGAGGAGAAAAGAUUUGAAGAAAGUCGCUCUCUUCUCCUAACUUGCGUAAAGGAAUCUGAGCGCUUGGCACGUUGCUCCACUGCGGGAAACGCGCCUGGAUUAGAAGUGGUGCUGCAUUGCAGUUUCUAAGUGAAAAGCCUCUGUCCCGAAUGUGACCGGAAUCAAAAUAACUUCCCAAUGGGUGUUAUGAAUUGAUAAGAGCCUCUUCAGGAUAGCUCUACGGUUUAAAGAGGGAAGUGGAUUUAAUCAAAGGUUGAAGAACAGCAAAGUAAGGAUGGAUUUUUUUUUUACACCCUUAAAGAUGGGAGUAAGACUGCAGAAAUAAUUUCAUAGAAGUUGAAAACCCACCACUGAGUGUAGGAGGAGAGUUGGGGGAAAAAGAGAAGAAAGAAAGGAUCUCCUGAAGUGAACUACACUAAAGCUUUUUUUUUUUCCCGGACUCCAGUCCGCAGAGAGCGAUAGAGAAGGUAAGAAAGGAUAAAUCAGACACCCACGCUGUGAAGCUGCACCAGACCGCAAAACACCAAUAAACUAAGAGAGGAGCCCACCGCUGGGGGAGUGAGGAGGAAGAAAGCAAGAAGGAGCCAUGCCGCGGCUUGGUGCAGUGCACUUUGUGGUGUUGCUGCUGCAGCUGCUGACUCAGCUACCGGCUGCAGACUCAGCUCUCCGGUACCGGGUGGCGGAGGAGGGCCCGCCGGAUGUCAGAAUCGGCAGCGUGGCCACCGAUCUGGGCCUCACAGCGGGCACCGGCAGCGGGGAUGUCACCUUCGCCCUGGAGAGCGGCUCUGAGUACUUCAAGAUUGACAACGUGACAGGUGAGCUGACCACAGGCCCGCGACGCAUAGACCGAGAGAAGCUCCCACAGUGUCAGAUGAUCUUUGACGAGAAUGACUGCUUCUUGGACUUUGAGGUGUCAGUGAUCGGGCCUCUGCAGAGCUGGGUAGAUCUGUUUGAAGGCAGAGUUGUCAUCACAGACAUCAAUGACAACACGCCUUCCUUCCCCUCACCUGUCCUGCAGCUCUCUGUGGAGGAAAACCGCCCCAUUGGCACUCUGUACCUGCUCCCAACUGCCACUGACAGGGAUUUUGGGCGGAAUGGCAUUGAUCGCUACGAGCUUAUCCAAGAUAAUGGAGCUGGGUCAAGUUCAACAAGGCGCACAGUAGGAGGAAACCCCAUUACUAGAGUGGAUGGACUUGACCGCAGGGGCAGAAGUGGUGAUAGUGGAGGAGGAGCUAGGAGCACUGUGUUUGAGCUGCAAGUAGCGGACAUACCAGAUGGUGAGAAGCAGCCUCAGCUCAUCGUGAAGGGCACACUGGAUCGAGAGCAGAAGGACUCAUAUGAGCUGAUCCUCAAAGUUCGAGAUGGAGGAAACCCACCUCGUUCCUCUCAGGCUCUGCUCCGGGUUUCUAUCACUGAUGUGAAUGACAACAGCCCACAGUUUGAGAGGUCCACAUAUGAAGCUGAGAUGACUGAAAAUGCUCCUCCUGGUACACCUGUUCUCCAGGUCAGAGCUUCUGAUCGAGACAUCGGAGUGAAUGGGCAGGUGGAGUACGUUUUUGGAGCUGCCACUGAGAAUGUCAGGCGACUUCUGCGCCUGGAUGAGGCCACUGGUUGGCUGAGCGUUCUUCACAGGAUUGACAGGGAGGAGGUGGCGCAGCUGAAGUUCACAGUGAUGGCCAGGGACCGGGGUCAGCCUCCCCGGACUGACCGCACCACAGUGGUUUUGGCUGUGCGGGAUGAAAACGACAAUGUUCCAGUUGUAGAGAUCAGAAAGAUCGGGCGGAUUCUGGUCCGGGAUGGGGCGGCACUGGUGCCAGAGAAUGUUCUGGUGGACACACCUGUAGCUCUCGUUCAGGUGUCUGACCGGGACCAGGGGGAGAAUGGGGCGGUGACCUGCACGGUCGUAGGAGAUGUCCCAUUUACUCUGAAGCCAGCCGGCGAAACGCUCCUCCCACCCCCACCUGCAGAUGAAGCCUUUGACAGAAACAAGAAGAAGUAUUUCUUACAUACGUCAGCCUUGCUGGAUUAUGAGGCCACAAAAGAGUACAGUGUAACCAUUGUUGCAGUAGAUUCUGGCAGUCCCAGUCUAUCCAGUAACAGCUCAUUGAUGGUGCGGGUGGUAGACAUCAACGAUCAUGCCCCAAUCUUUGCCCAGAGCAAUGUGGAGGUCCACUUUGCUGAAAAUAAUGGACCUGGUGAAAGGGUGGUCACUGUUGUAGCUACAGAUGCAGACAGUGGAAAAAAUGCUGAAAUUGCAUAUUCCUUGGAUCCUGGGUCUAACGGACCUUUUUACAUAGAUGCAGAUAAUGGUGAUAUCAGAGCUACAGGGACCCUGGACCGGGAACAACAAGAAAGGUAUGAGUUGAGAGUAAUUGCGAAGGACAAAGGAACACCUUCUUUGCAAGGCUCUGCAACUGUUCUUGUACAGGUAACUGAUCGCAAUGACAAUGCACCAAAGUUUGUUCAAGAGAUCUUCACAUUCUAUGUGAAGGAGAACCUACUUGCCAACAGUCCCGUCGGCAUGGUAACAGUCACUGAUGCUGACGAAGGUGAAAAUGCUGAGCUUAGCCUCUUUGUUGAGGUAGAUGGGGUUGGGGCAGACACAAAGACAACAGGGGAAAAAGUGGAAGGAGAAGAUGGCGGAAACGAGCAAGAAGAGCUAUUCUCCAUUGAGAACAACACCGGAACAAUCUUUUCAGCUGCAUCCUUUGACCGUGAAAAGCUUUCCACCUACACCUUCCGCGUUAGGGCCGUGGAUGGAGGGGAGCCACGCAAAACUGCCACCGCCACUGUCUCCCUAUUUGUGACAGAUGAAAACGACAAUGCGCCUUCAAUAACCUCUCCUGCCAAUGAAUCCUACACACUCCUACCACCUGCCAGCAGUGCCCGCACCAUUGUCAGGACUGUAACAGCCAUAGACUCAGACACUGGCCCAAAUGCAGAACUCCACUAUGCAUUAGUGGGAGGAAAUCCCUUUAGACUUUUUGAAAUUGGCCAAACUAAUGGAGUAAUCACUCUGGCAGAACCUUUGGAGCGACGCCACAGAGGUUUGCAUCGCCUUGUUGUACGAGUCAACGAUAGUGGAAUCCCCUCCCUUUGUGCGACCGCACUGGUUCACGUCUUCAUCAAUGAGAGUUUGGCAAAUGCCACCCUAGUGGAUGCACAGGUUGCCCGCAGCCUGAUGGCCCCGCUGUCUCUAGACAUUGCAGGGGACCCAGACAGUGAACGUGCGUUUGGAAAGCAGCGCCUCAGUGUUGCGAUUGGCAUCCUCGCGGGAGCUGCAGCAGUCAUCCUGGUGAUUCUCCUUGUGGUAACUGCCAGGCAGUGUGGCGCUCAGGGAAAGAACGGCUAUGAGGCUGGUAAAAAAGAGCCAGAGGAAGACUUCUUCAGUCCUUCUGGGGCUCAACCACAAGCCAGCAGAGGCAGUGGUUCCGACCGUGGUCGGAAACCGCGAAGAGACAAGCGUGGCGGAGGCAGUGGCAGUACAGUCGGAGGUGUAGGGAAGUCAGACAGGUCUCUAUACAGUGGCAUCGUCACUGUCAAUGGCUUGCGUCGCCACGUCAAUGAUGAUGAUGACGAGGAACUAAGCAGUGCCAGUGAGCGCCUAGCAGCUCGCUACUGUGCUAUGGAAGGGGACCCCGGUAGCCCAAGAAUGGGCGGCGGCAGAAGACACCAGUCAAGCCCAGAUCUGGCCAGACACUACAAAUCUAGUUCACCUCUCCCUGCAGUGAAUCUCCAGCCUCAUUCACCCCCAGCUGAGGGAAAGAAGCACCAGGCGGUCCAGGAGCUUCCUCCCUCAAACACCUUUGUGGGCAGUGGUGGAUGUGUGGGGAGUGCCGGCUCCAGUAGCAGCAGCACAGGAGGUAGUGGCAACGCAGAUGCCAUGUCCCUGGGAUCAGACCAGUGCUCAGAUUACAGCUGCCAGGCUGCGAACAAGUACAGCAAACAGGGGACCCUUCGCCGUGUGACCUUCUCGGUUGUGAGCCAACCUCAGGAUGGUGGUUGCUAUGACAGUGGCCUAGAAGACUCUGAGACACCAAGCAGCAAGAGUUCGUCGGGGCCACGGCUGGGAGCCCUUCCGCUUCCUGAGGAAGGUUACGAGCGCACAACCCCAGAGGGAAGCGUAGGGGAGGAGGACCAUGUAGAGAAUGAUGCGAGACAGCUUCCAGAUGUAGCACUAACUGGAAAGUGCACCAGGGAGUGUGAUGAAUUUGGGCACUCUGACACAUGCUGGAUGCCCGUCCGCCCUUCACCACGGCAACGGCAGCGGCAUGGCAGCGACCCUCCACGCCUUUCAACCUUCGCCCCAGGUGACGACAACAACAAUCUCCGUGGCAAUGACCGUGAAAGCGACAGCGAAAGCGCCGGCAGUGCAGGGAGCUCAGAGGCUGGAGUCAUGGUGGGAGGAGAAGGUCAGAGGUUACCUAUGGUCAAUGGGGAUCCCCUUGGCACCUUGGGACGUGGCGACCGCAACAGGAACAUGGGCGACCACAACCGAAAUCUUCUGAAUCGUAAAAUGACUUCCGCAUCCUACGACACAUUCAGCGGGGCGGGGCUUGGGAGGCGCCAGCCCGAGGAGGAGGGAGGAGAGGGCCAGAACCCACCUGAGGUCAUACCGCUGGCGCGGACUGGAGGGGACUACAAGACAACCUCCUGCCUUACUUUGUCUCGUCGGGAGGUCUACCUGUAACAGCCUGUAGAUGGAUCAAUCCCAAUCAAACUACAUUUGCUUGUUGAAAAGAGAGGUUCCAAACUGCUCUGACAUGUGAUCAGUGUGGUUGGUAUUUUCAGCCUAUGAAGAUGUGAAAAGGUCUCAUGAAUACUUUUAAAAGCUUAUAUUAAACUUUAACAUUUAGACUCGGACUAACAAUUAUCAGCACUUAAACUUGAGCGGGUCAUUUAUGAACUCUCGUACUAGGUACUCUUUCUAAAAAAAACUUUUUUAUAACUGCUGAAAGCUACCUACUGUAAAAGGCAAUGACUGUGUGUCUGCGUGGAGCAAAAGAAUAUUUUCUUCAUUUUCUUUUUUUUUUUACUAAAUCCAAUGCAUGUCUGACCCUUUGACCUUUGAGGUUUUAAUGUAAAGAAACUGUGUGAACUCUGAUGCUCUAAAUGGCUACGGGCAUCUAAACAAACUGAAGCUUUAUCAGGCCAAACCUGGAUUCAAAUGGUGGGAUAAAGCUGAAAGACAGCUGAAGUUUUCUCCUGGGGAUAAAAAAAAAAUGACAAGGAGAAAAUUAUGUUUUCUUCAAAUGAAUGAUCUGAUUCAAAGUGGUCAAACUUUCCUAUGCUUACGGUGCCUUGCAAAAAUGUUCAUACCCCUAAAUCUCUACCACAUUUUGUUACAACACCAUACUUAAAUGUGAUUUAUUGUAAUUUCACUACUAAAUCACUACAAAUCAGAUGCAACGUAAUAUAACAAAUAAUAUACCAUUUCUAGAAUAACAACAUAUCCAACAUUUCCGUUCUACUUCAAAACUUAAAACUGCAUAUUUUUGAAAACACUAUCAUAGACGCAUUACAUUAUUGGGUGCCUUUUUCAGCAGGGAUAUGGAAGAUGAUG